AACAGGUAUCGCCGUUUUAAAUCCUCGACGACUCCUCGCUCGCUCAGUCGCUUUCGUCUAACUUGAUCUCUCCAUCCCUCUCCGCGUCCCCUCGCUCGUCUCCGAUUCAUACUGAGAGAGGGAGGGCGAGAGAGAGAGAGCGAGCGAGAGGGAGUCUCGUGAUCGCCAGAACGCUGAGAUCUGUCUAAGGGAACUGGAAUUUUGGAUCUCCGGCGAGGAUUUCUAGCCUGGCAGGUAGCAGCCGCGGCUAUAGGAAGAUUCACUAGAAACGGCCUUGAUACUCUCAGAUAUUGCUCUGAUCUUGAAAGUUCAUACUAGUUUGAGCAAUGACGGCAGAUUCGAGUGAGAUUUGUGUUGGAUCAAAGGUUGAAUUCCAGUUGGCGACAGGUCUGGGUUUACCAUCCGCGGGCGAUCGACAGGAAUUGAUUGAUGCUAAUGGCAUUGCGUGUUUGGAUUGUGAGGAGAAGAUCGAAGGGGGAAGUGGGAGAUCGAUCACGCUGGGGAAUGAUAAUUUGGAGGAGCCACAGCAGUUGGAUAAAAAAGUAGAUGUUGCACUCGUCGUCGAUCGAGAACCAAUUAAGGUGAAAGGAGAAAAUGGGAAAUUGAGUACGGAGAAUGGAGAUGAUUGUGAUGGGGCUACAGAUGCUACAUUGAAUAUAGAUGUGAGUGAGGCCAAUGGUUGUGAUGAUACUGCUCCCUCUAGUGAUGUGGAAGAGGAAUUAGUUAAAUUGGAAUUACCUGGAACAAUGGCUGGGGAAGGAAUUGGUGAUGCAAUUGAGCAACAGCUGGAAAAUGAGAUGCUAGAUGAGAAGAAAAGGGACAUCAAAAAUGGAAUCUGUGAGGUGAAAGGAGAGAGGCGCAAUGAAGACGGCCGUGUGAAGUUGAGCUUGGAGAAUGAACGGAGUCUCGUGGAGGAUACUAGUAAGCUAGAAGCUGCUAAUCCAGACUUGCAUGUCAAGGGAGCAGAAAAACAAGAAGGUGAAACCUUACUCGCAGAUAUGAACUUUGAAAAACUGGAAUCAAUCACUGAGGGGAUGGAAAGCAAUGCUUUGCUUGCAACAAUUGACAAACAUGGAAAUUCAGAAUUUUCUGUUUUUGAUGGCAAAAAUCUGGAAUUUAAGAGCAUGAGUAUUGAGACACAACAAUAAGAGGAAUCCAAAACAUCAGUUCUAGAUGAUGAUCGACAAGUAGAUGAAAUAGAGGUCAAACUCAACACUAUCUACCAUGACCAUGGAGAGGAAACAGUUGAUAGGGCAGGUGAGAGUCGGGGCAUUGUCACUUUUACAGAUGGUAAUAGCCAAGCAUGUAAGGAUGCUUGUGUUGUAUUGUUGAAGACAGUGUUGCCUCGAUCUGUGGUCACAACUGCAAAAGAGCAAGAACUGGGUGUUUCUGAAAGUCAAGUUAUGGAGACAAAAGAGCAAGAAGGUUCAGAAUCAGCUACUGAAGUAGAACUGGUGAUGGGACCUCAGGCUUCAAUGACUGUUUCUGCAAACCCAGAUAAUUUUAAAUCAGUUGGAGUCCAAGAAGAACAAAAGUUUGAGGGAUUGGUUACAGAGAUCCCUUCGUGUAUAACUCUCAUAGAUGUUACUACACCUGAGAAUAGUACCUUGGUAGAGGAAUCUGUAGAAAAGGGUGACCCCAUUGGUGAAAGCGUGAUUGUUGAACAGUGUGCUGAUUUACAUCGUUCAAAAGAUUGCUUCAUCUCAGAUACAAUUUGUGUGGCUGAGAAAGAAGUGUUGCUGUCUCAAGGUCUGUCUGAUUCCAGUUAUCAAUUAACCAGGUGUCAAGAGACACAUCUUUCUGAACAGGAAGGUGCCGUCUCAAGUGAGGUAGAUGUACGCAGCCCAACAGAUAUAAAAGACAAGUUAAGCAAUGUGGUAGCUGGAAAUGGUACUUGUAUGACUGAAACUGAAGACAAUGUAACUGUGGAUGAUGUUGAUGCCUUCGAAUUUGAAGUUGCAAUUGCAAAGGAAUGUGUAGAAUCUAGCACUUCUUUUGUUAAUUUAAAUGAAGUGGAAAGGUUGUUGGAUAAUGAAAGUAAAAGUAUCCAAGGAGAAUCUGGAAUCACCGUGAAUAACCCAGUGUUAGUGAAGGACCAUAGUGGUUCAACUUUGGAUGGUGAAAAGCUGGACGCUGGUUUAGGGAAACCACAAGUAUGUUACAUAAUUAGAAUUCCAAGAUUCAUUGACAAUCAACUUUCGACAAACAUUCAAAUUGCACAGUCAGAAACGAACAAGAAAACAGAAAGAAGGGAUUCUUUCAAAGUUUCUAUAGAAAAUCAGAAGGUGAUAUGUAAUGAUUUCUGGAAGAAGUUUGAAGAUGCAAAGGCAGAAACAAGAGUUGCAAGAGCUGCAGUUAAUGCCAAACGCCAGCAGAUGGAAUCUCUGCAAUUAAUGAUAAACAAGUGGAAAAAUGUGCAUUCGGUGGAGGAACUUGAUGCUAAGAUACAAUCAAUGGAAUUUGAGCUUCAACAUGUAACCAUACCAUUGAAAGAAGAAAAGAAAUAUAUUCAUGAGCUUAAACAGUUGAGACACCAGAGAGAUCAACUCACUUCAAAUUUGAAUUCAAGUGAAGAAAUAGAUGAGACAUUUGAAAGUAAGGAACAGAUUGAAGAGCAGUUCAAGCUUUUGAAGAAGGAACUAGAUUCUCUUAGAACUGAGUUAUUGCAAGCAGAAGGUAAUGCAAAUGCUGCAAGGAAGAAUUAUGAUGUAGAACAGCAAGUUUUAAAAGGUCUUCAACAACAAUUCAGGGAUGCUGAUGCUCUUCGCCAGAAAGCAUAUGGACAUUGGCUAGCACUUAAGAACAUCUUAAUUGAAAAAAAUAAACAUUUUAACCUGUACAAGAGUGAUCAGAUAUCUGCAGAAAGGUAUUUGUCUUCAAGAGAUUUACGUGGACUCCUGUCACACUGUAGCAAACAGGUUGAAAAUGCAAUGGCUAUGUGGAACAAUGAUGAGGAGUUCCGCAUGCAAUAUGUUAAAUCCAACAUGAACAGCACGCUUAGAAGGAAGAGGAGCUCAAAAAAAAGGCAGAAGAAUUGGCUAAGAAGGAAGAAGAAUUGAGGAAAGAAAAGACUGCAGCUGAGUUAAAAGAACUGCAUCGUUUAGAGCAAAUUGCAAAAUUCAAAGAGGCAGAAGAAAGAAAAAGAAGACUAGCUGAGAAGGCGCAGGCCAGAGCCGAAUUCCGAGCACAGAAGGAAGCUGAACAGAGGGAGAAG